AUGCAUUUUAUUCAAAAUGAUGGUAUCAAAUUAAAACAACAACAACAACAACAACAACAACAACAACAACAACAACAACAACAACAACAAUUCUUUCAAACUUUUAUUGAUAAUUGUUUAUUUGAUGUUGAAGGUGGAAUUUUUAAUUCAAUUCUUUUGAUAUCUUCUGGUGGAUUUCAAAUGACAAUAGCAGAAGUUUUUAAAAGAAUUAGACCAAAAAUACCACCCUUGAUGUCUAAUAUACAAAAAAUGAAUGUAAAUAAUUAA